GUGACUUUGCUUGAGUCCAGCAGCAGUUGCGUGAAUCGGUGGCAUUCGACAAGUGCGCGUCUCGCGUACAAUUUCUGGUUUGCAAGUAAACCAAACACCCUUUCAUUGUUUACUUCAAUUUAUAUAUUUUUUAUGCAAAUCAUCUAUUAUUUAAUAAACCCAAGUUGCUGUUUGUUUGUUGCAACAAAUGUCGACAAUUUUUUUUAAAAGGAUUCUUGUGUUCCGCGCGGAUUAUCGUACGAUACGAUAAAUAAAAAUAAAGUCCGUUCUUGAAACUUGCUUAAAGGAUAACAAAAAAUAACCGUGUACUAAUGAUGUUACAGUAAUUGAAAAAAAAAUACGAAUAAAUAACGCGUUCGAAUCAAGGGAAAACGCAAAUGCAAUCGAAGUUAUAGCCAGCGACGAAGUGAUCUACAACGGCUGAGAGAUAUCAUGGAGGUGCUGCACAUGCCGAUAUACACGUUCGUUUUCAUCAAGGUGUUGUUGAUGCGUUUGAGCUUCAUCAAAGAUUACAAGGAAGCAAUAAUUAUCGUCUCGUGUCUUCUGACUGUAAUAAUAGCACCUUUGGCGUUGAUCGGUUUCUCGAUAUUCGUGUUGUACAGAAGCCUAAUCGAAUGGAUCUUGAAGCGCAUCUACGGAGAAGAUUACUUAGGAAUAAUGGAAGGCAUCGACAGUAUAAGUUGUAUCUGCGUUAACUGCAAUCCGUUUCUCGUGGCCUUGGUCGAUUUCGAUGGAGAAUUGGACGAACUGAAGACUUUGCUGCACGAUCAAAUCGGUCAGCUGAUGAAAACGCAGCAUCAGAGGUUGUUCUGCCUGCGCGCAUCCUUCCUCGGUUACCACUAUUUCUACAAGUACAACUUGAAACCGGAAGAUCUGAUUUCGGUGAUGAAACAUACCGGAGUUGGCGUGAUGAACAAACGGCAGUUCUCUGAAACGCUUUCCGUUUACGACGAGAAGCCGAUGCCAAUGAACGACAGGGCUCUGUUUCAAAUUCUCUUGUGUCCAGAGAGGAUCGAAGUCGAUGGUAAUAAGGUCGUUCCCAUUAUGUAUCGUGUCCAUCACUGCGUGGCGGAUGGGAAAUCUCUUCUGCAUUUAUUCAGCGGCGUUUUGGCCGACAACAAGAACGGAUCCAUCAAAGCGCCGCAGAAACCGAUUCAGCAAGUCGAGUCCAGGAAGAUCGAUGUGGGUAGAGCAGUGCAGUUCAUGAAGGACGUGCAUAUUGCAGAGUUACCUUUCACGCAGUUCGACGAUAACUGCUUGAGGGGACUCAAUUUGGUGGAAAGCAAACAUUUUGUUUGGUUCGCGGAAUCGCAACCCGUUUACUUGCAGAAGAUCAAGAAGCUGAGGAAAACUCUCAGCGGUGUCGCAUUCCUCGACAUCAUCAACACCUGCCUUGCCUCCAGUUUACACGAUCAUUACCAGAAAUCUGGUAAACCGAUGCCGAAAGACGUGAUCGGAGGCAUCGUUCUAUCGCCGGAAACGUCUAAUUCCUACAUGACUUACGGAAGCCAAGAGUUCACUCUUCAGAACAGAUUCACCGCCAGCGGCGUCCGAUUACCGAUCAACAUCGACGGCGAGACAGGAAAUAAAUUGUUGACGAGAUUGCGUUUAGUUAAACGGCAAUACGACGCAAUCAAAAAAGCCUUCGACGUUCAAUUCAGUUAUUGGGUAACCCAGAAUAUCGUCAGCUCGAUUCCGUGGCCAUUCUCCAAAUGGUUGGCCUAUAAACUGCAGAUCACUGUGGGAAUCAGCAGUCUUCCGGGCUGUGACUACUUCACCUUCUUCAAAGGACACGACGUCAAAGAGUUCAUUCUGUGUCCACCAAAUUCUCCCGGAACAGGUCUGCAUAUAAUCAUCUACACGUACGGGGGAAACUUGAAGUUAUCUAUGAGCGUCGAUAAGAGCAUUAUUCCUAAUCGUGAAGAUGCCCAAGAGAUUAUUGAUAAGAUCGUUUAUUACGUCGAUGAAUUGACGAAAGCCUGCGAAGAAACCACAAACAUCAUACUUUAAUUCUAGUAUUAAACGAUAGUUUUUACCAUUACCUUGGUAAAUUAUAAAUACCAAAGUAAUGGAACAUGUACAUGAUAUAAUGUUAA